CACGCGCGAGGCUCGUGCGUGUGGUGUCAUGGCGUCCGGAGAGGAGGACGGGUCUGUCGAGGAGAAACAAACCAACAACAAGAAGCGGAUAAAAGGCACAAUCGCCACGGCAUGGCUCACCUUCUACAACAUCGCCAUGACAGCCGGGUGGCUUGUGCUGGCUGUUUCCAUGGUCCGCUUUUACCUUCAGAAAGGAACCCAUAAAGGCUUGUACAAACAUAUAGCAAGGACACUAAAAUGUUUCCAGACAUUUGCACUAUUGGAGAUCGGACACUGUGCUAUUGGAAUUGUGCGGACAUCUGUAAUUGUGACUGGGGUCCAAGUGUGUUCUCGGAUAUUCAUGGUCUGGUUUAUUGCAAACAGCAUCAGACAGAUUCAGAACGAGGAGAGUGUGAUCUUGUUCGUAGUGGUGUGGACGGUUACAGAGAUCACUCGCUACUCUUUCUACACUUUCAACCUGAUCCACCAUCUGCCGUACUUCAUCAAGUGGGCCAGGUAUAACCUGUUUAUUGUCAUGUACCCCCUGGGAGUCGUUGGUGAACUGCUGACCAUACACGCUGCCUUACCGUAUGUCCGGAGAUCAGGCAUGUUCUCCCUCAGGCUUCCCAACAAAUACAACGUGUCCUUCGACUAUUACUACUUCCUGAUCAUCGUCAUGCUGUCCUACAUCCCAUUGUUUCCUCAGCUCUUCUUCCACAUGCUGCGUCAGAGGAGGAGGGUUCUUCACGGAGAAGUCAUAGUAGAGAAAGAUGAGUAGAAGGAAUCCCCAGCUAGCCGUCAGAUAUUUGAGAAAAGUUUAUAAUAAAACAAUUAAAUAUGAAUCAAUUCUACUACUAUUAGUUACGGUCGAUAUUCCCAGCAGAACCCGUCAUUAAGGUUCGCCACUCUCCCAGUUGUGUUUCACUUCACAAGGACGGAAUCACUUCAUUCAACAAAGGAGAUCUGAACCGAAGUACAAGGACGAUGGAGAAUCCUCGUCUGUUUCGAGAAAAAAGCAUUGGAUUGGAAUCUGGCAUUAAUAACGGUUAGGGUUAGCAUUAGCGUUAGCGUUAGGUAUAAUCUCUCCUGAUCGGGACUGGGUUGUGGUGUGUGUAGUUGCUGGGUGAACCAUUCCACACAUUCUAGAUCUCCACUUUGGCUUUUCUCAUCCAUGUUCUUGGACGGACAGAUUAGAGAUUAAAAUAAUGAAUACUUCUUAACUUUAUCCAUCUGAAGGUGGUGUUAUAGCAGACUUUUCAGUACAAUAGCAAAACCUGUGGGACUGACAAAACAAUGUAUAAACUGUUGUUUUUUUAUCACUUGGCUACUUUAUUUCUCACAAUGUCAUACACACGCAAUAGGUAUUAAAAAAGCAUGUAAUUCAAAUAAACAUAAAUGUAUUAAU